UUCAUUUAAAGUGGAAAGAAAUAUUAAUAUCUAACAUUUUCACAGCAGUUUCUGGGAAGGUGACGUUAUGGGACGGCGUUUAAAGGCAAAUAAAAUAAUGUUAAAAUCAGGGACAACACACGUCCUGCUGUCCAUGUGUUUGACGUCGUCUUUGAGAGGACAGACAUUUCCAUGAAAGGUAAACAUCACAGGAGUCUGAUGUUUUAUGUCUUUCUUUGACACCUUUUAUCUCAGUUGUUCUUUUCUUUUACCUCCUUUUUUCAAUGUUUUUUAUCGUUGAGCGCCUUCUGGUUUUAGAGCAGAUUCUCCUGCAGUGUGAGGGAUUAACGACGCCAUCGGACGCGUCAGAGUCGACGCGUUCAGAAUCAUCGUAAGCGAAGCUCGCAGUCUGUUCCGAAGUCACGUUAAAUCAUGCGGGUUUCUCUGAGAUCCCAAAUCCCUGGAAGCUCCUCCCUGAAAUACUUGGAUUAAGUUUAGAUUAUUCGCGUUAUUAUUUGCCUUAUUUCAGAUUGAUUUCUUGAUGUUAAUGGAUUUAUUUUGCAUAAUUCCUGUGAGUAUAAAUCCUCCCGUAUCAAAACAAACACUUUUACUUUGAAAUUUUGUGAAACAUCAUUAUGAAUGUCUUCCUUGUAACGUCAUCACGUAAUAUCGUGUUCUAAUUUUAAGAUAAAAUUGUUGUUAAUAUUUUACACUGUCACUGAACAUUGUUUUAUCUAUUGACCAGACAAGACGCUUUUAUUUUUGAAAUCCGGAAGUGCGACUCAGGCGGAAACAGGAAAAAAAAACACACACGCACACACCACCUGUAGUUCUUUGUUGAGAUCACGGACGAGCCGCGUCUGUCGGAACCGAACACGCCUCCGGUCGCCGGGAGGAGCCGCGCGCGCCCAUCAGUCCGAGCCCGGUCCACUUCCUGUUCGCGUCCCCGCCGCAUCAUGGCGGCGCUGAGCAACAGAGCGCUGCACGAGCAGCUGAGCGUCAUCAUGGAGGCGCUAACCAAAGCGGCGGUGGCGGAGAUCUGCGAGGUCGUGGACGAGGGCUACGCGGUGCUGCAGCUCGAGAUCAACCGCAGCCGCCACGAGAACGAGGCGCUGAAGAAGAAGCUACACCUCAUCGAGUCCAUCGUGAUCCGCGGAAGCGGCAGCGCGAAGACAGCGGAGCCGGAGGUAGUCGCGCCCGCGGAGGACGCGCCGCAGCAGCGGCAGUGGCAGCGAGACGGAGGAGGCGAGGCAGUGCCGCACGCGGAGUUUCCAGACGUGGUGUUGAUCAAAGACGAAGACUCGGACAGUAAGGACUCCUUUGGUGAAGAAAACGAGGAGACGACCAUCGUCACAUCGACUCAGAUCGGCCGCAGCGUGAAGAGACGCCAUUCAGGAAACAACGAGGCGGAGACACCGUCUUCUACAGAACACGUGGCUCUGAACACGUCCAGAAGGACGAGCGUGGCCGUCUACGCCGUGGACUCUCCUCGCAGCGAGCCCGGCUGUUCCAGUGCCGACGAGGCGGAGACCGGCAAGUCAGUCUGUUCCUACUCGUCGCAGAUGGACGUCCAAGUGGUCCAGGAGAACUCGCUGGUUCCUCUGAGCUCCAGCAAUCCCGCGUGUUUCAGCAGCUCUGUGAUGGAGCCUCAGUCAGACAGGGGGGACGCGGACUUCAAUCUCACGUGGACCAAAACGCCAAAAAGCCACGUGUCCUUCGCUCAGUUUCACCAGAGCGAGAACGCCGACGCGUUCGGGCUGAAGCUGGUCAGCGUGUCGGGCUCGGCGCCCGCAGACAGCCAGCUGCCCGAGAACAGCAACUCUGUGUUUGAUUACGCAGACGUGGACAUGAUGAGCUUUGGUCUGUACCCGAGCGGCAGCAAACGCUUCGUCUGCUCCGUCUGCCACAAGACGUACGCCACGACGCAGAACCUGGACGUCCACAUGAGGAUCCACACGGGCGAGAGGCCGUUCAGCUGUGACCAGUGCGGCAAGAAGUUCACGCAGUCGGCUCACCUCAAGUCGCACAUCAACGUGCACACGGGCGAGCGGCCGCACGUCUGUGCCGUGUGCCACCGCACGUUUGCCGUCAGGCACAGUCUGAAAAUACACAUGAGCAAGUGUCACCCUGAGGUGUCGCUGUCCCAGAACACCCACGUUUGAAACCACAAGAGGAAAUCACACAGUUAUUUUCAUUUUGAGUCACAAAGAGUUGAUCAAAGGUGUGAAUGAUGGAGUUUGAAUGAUUGUUUUUCUUUUAUGGAGCAAAGGAAGCAAAAAAUAUUCCCCUAAACUCUGGUGUAUCUGGGUCACUGAAACAAGCCACAAACCUUUUUUCAUUUUUCUUAAACUUAUUUCACACGGGCUCUAAAAUCUGCGCUGUUUUGUUAUUUAAUCUCAGUUUAAACGUCUCUGGAAUUCCCGUGAUUUGCACAAGACUUUUUGCACAAAACUAUUUGAAUAAAUAAGUAAUUAUUUAAUUAUUUUAAUCAUUUUAAAACGACAAUG